CGAGCUCACAGGGGGUUUCACCAGGUUUGACAGACGAAGGAAGACACGCAGUUACCGACAGCGCUUCACUGCAAAUGGACUCGGCGCUUUGUUGGGGGCCCAGUGCUAUGACAAAAAGAUCAACUUCUGAUUUACUCUUUUGAGAAGGAAUCUUAUUGCGAGAGUCAGAAAGUCCGCGCGCAGUUUAUGGUGGAGCCUCAGCAGAGUUUCAGAGGAAGCAGGAUGUACCAUGAAGACGGAGCAAACUCUCUCAGACCGCGAUAUGGAUCCAUUGUGGACGAUGAGAGGCUGUCGGCUGAAGAAAUGGAUGAGAGGAGGAGGCAGAAUAUUGCAUAUGAAUACCUUUGUCAUCUUGAGGAAGCCAAACAAUGGAUGGAGGCCUGUCUGGAGGAGCAGCUGCCUCCUACCACUGAACUGGAGAAUGGCUUGAGGAACGGCGUCUACCUUGGCAAACUGGCCAAAUUCUUUGCCCCCCAGCUGGUGUCAGAGAAGAAGAUAUAUGACAGGGACCAAUCUCGUUAUAAGCUCUCAGGACUUCAUUUCAGACACACUGAUAACACUGUGCAGUGGCUCAGAGCCAUGGAGUCCAUUGGUUUGCCCAAGAUAUUCUACCCUGAGACCACCGAUGUUUAUGAUCGCAAGAAUAUGCCCAAGGUGAUCUACUGCAUUCAUGCGCUAAGCUUAUACCUCUACAAAUUGGGAAUUGCCCCUCAGAUACAGGACCUGUUGGGGAAAGUAGAUUUCACAGAGGAAGAGAUCAGCAACAUGAGGAAAGAGCUGGAGAAGUAUGGCAUCCAAAUGCCCGCAUUCAGCAAGAUUGGAGGCAUCCUGGCCAAUGAACUUUCAGUAGAUGAAGCCGCAUUACAUGCUGCUGUCUUUGCCAUUAAUGAGGCCAUAGACAAAGGUCAUGCAGAAAGCACAAUGACAGCUCUGAGGAACCCUAACGCUUUACUGAGAAACACAGAGAAAGCACUGGCUCAGGUCUACCAGGACACACUGAGCAAAGCCAAGAGGAAGAAGGAGGAUCAGGCCUCAGGACGGCGGUCGUCUGUUGCAACUGAAGAGAGAGACGUGUAUGAAGAAUUACUGACCCAGCAGGAGAUUCAGAGCAAUGUUGACCUCGUCAACACAUCAUCUGCUGUUCAGCGGCUCCACCAGGCUCUGGAUGCUGAGGAUCAGAAGGCUCUGCUGGCCAGUCUUAAGUUGCCUGCUCUCGGUCUUGUUGGAGUCACUGAUGAAAACGCCCGCUUCUACUUGGAGCACUUCACAUCCUACAGGCAGCACAAAGAUGCAGGAUCAGGCGCUCAGCUGAAGAAAGAAGAGAUUCAGAGGGUCAUCACUUCCUGUAAUGAGUUUGCAGAGGCUGAGAAACGAAAGCAGGAGGCAGUUGUUGCAAUCAAUUCAGCUAUUCGACGAGGAGUCGCAGAAGAGACCGUGGAGGAGCUGCUGAAUCCAGAGGCCCAGAUGCCCAUCGUCUACCACACUGCUGCCAGUCUGUACCAGGCAGAGCUCUUCAGCCUCCAGCUGGGCUCCAAGAACAAGGCCGGUCUUUCACAUGAGGAGCUGUGUGUGGCUGUGGAGAUGCUGUCUGCUGUGUCGGUGUUAAAUGAAGUGCUGGACACUAAAGACUCAGUGGCCGUCAUCGAGCAGCUCAGUGACUCUCCACUGGGCUUCAGUGGUAUGGAUGCUGACAACUUACAGAGAUAUACAGACACACUGAUUCAUCUCAGAGCAGAGUCCCUCGCCCGGGGUCAAGAGUUCCUCACCUGGAAUGAUGUUCAGAAGUGCAUCGACACUGUCAAUGUCCAGGUGCACGAGGAACACGAGAGAGUAAUUGCUAUCGCUGAGAUCAACGAAGCCUUACAUUCUGGGGACCCAGAGAAGACGCUCACCGCCCUCCUGCUCUCUACGGCUAAACUACAGGGAGUCAAAGCAGCCAAUGCGAAACACUAUCACGAUCUACUGUUGACCACCAAAGACCACAUCUGCAAGAGCUCUGGAGAUGAAUCUGCUGUUUUGUGGCUGGACCAGAUCCAGGAGGCCAUUCACACUGCCAACCAGGACCAGGAGGAUGCACUCAGAUUGGCAGCGGCAGUGGCAGACAUUAACAAUGCAGUAUGUGAAGGAGAUGCGAAGGCCACAUUGUCUGCUCUACAGUGUCCUGAUGCUGGCCUUCGAGCAGUAAUGUCCGAAUGUGCUCAAAUCUACCAGAGCCAACUCCACCAGUUGCAGAGCACUCAGACACAACAAGGCACCAGUGGCAGUUCAUGGGUACAACACAAGAUCAAGGAUAAAUAUGAUUACUUCUACAACACUGAAAGCAAAGAAGGCACGUGGGUUGAGCCAAAACAUUUUAUUUAUGACAGUUCACAGCUCAGCAGAGAAGAUAUCCAGAGUGUUUUGAGCAGUGUAACAGCGGAGUAUAACAGAGAGCAGCUGUGGUUGGCCAAUGAGCCGUUUAUCAUCCAGCUGCAGGCUCUGAUUCGUGGAUAUCUGGUAAGGCGGGCACAUCAGGACAGACUGGAGUACCUGCGAAAACAAGAGCCAAGUGUCAUCAAACUGCAGGCAUCCUGGAAGGGCUACAAACAGAGAAGCGUCUAUAAGGACAGACUAAAGACCUUCCAGGACAGCGCAAGCACUGUGGUUAAGUUGCAGUCACUGGUGAAGAUGUGGAGAGCUAAACGAAGCUACACAAAGAGACUGCAGUAUUUCAGAGAUCAUGAGAAAGAAAUAGUGAAGAUUCAAGCUUUCCUUAAGGCUAAUAAAGCAAGAGUUGACUACACAACAUUAACCGGUUCUCAGCAUCCCCCUCUCUCGGUUGUGCGCAAAUUUGUACAUUUGCUGGAACAAAGUAGCCUUGAUUUACAGGAGGAACAGGAUGUGACGCGACUCAGAGAGGAAGUGGUCACCAAGAUUCGUGCUAAUCAGCAAAUGGAAAAAGAUCUGAAUUUGAUGGAUAUUAAGAUCGGCCUGUUAGUGAAGAACAGGAUCACACUACAGGAUGUGGUGUCACACAGCAAAAAGAUGAAGAGCAAAAAGAACAAAAUGAGUAAAGAAGAUCUGGCCAUGGGAGAAAAGCAGGGCAUCAAAGGCCUGAGCAAAGAGAAGAGGAAAAAACUGGAAGCCUAUCAGCAUCUCUUCUAUCUUUUACAAACCAAUCCUUCAUAUCUGGCCAAGCUAAUCUUCCAGAUGCCCCAGAACAAAUCUACCAAGUUCAUGGACACUGUGAUCUUCACAUUAUAUAACUACGCCUCUAACCAGAGAGAAGAGUACUUGCUGCUCAAGCUUUUUGAGUCAGCUCUGCGAGAGGAGAUCAAAUCUAAGGUGGAUCAUAUCCAGGAGAUAGUGACAGGGAACCCUACUGUCAUCAAGAUGGUUUUGAGUUUUUAUCGUGGUGCUCGUGGACAGAACGCUCUCAGGCAGCUGCUGGGACCAGUGGUUAAAGAGAUCAUCGAGGACAAGAAUCUGGGCAUCAACACUAACCCUGUAGACAUCUACAAGGCCUGGGUCAAUCAGCUUGAGACCGCUACAGGAGAAGCCAGUAAGCUGCCAUAUGAGGUCACACCAGAACAAGCUCUUUCACACGAGGAAGUCAGGGCUAAACUGGAAUCCUCCAAUCAGGUGCUCCGUUCCGUUACUGACAAAGUGCUCGGCUCUAUCAUGUCAUCACUGGACAACAUCCCUUACGGCAUGAGAUAUAUUGCUAAAGUUCUAAAGGACGCGCUUCAUGAGAAAUUCCCUGAUGCCACAGAGGAUGAACUAUUGAAGAUUGUAGGGACUCUUCUGUAUUACCGUUACAUGAAUCCUGCCAUUGUGGCUCCAGACGGCUUUGACAUCAUUGACAUGACAGCGGGAGGGCAGGUUCAUUCGGAGCAGAGGAGGAAUCUGGCAUCAGUGGCUAAGAUGCUCCAGCACGCAGCUGCAAACAAACUAUUCGAGGACGAGAGUGACCACCUCACCCCAAUGAACAGCUACAUCUCCCAGACCUACCAGAAGUUCAGGGGUUUCUUCCAGACUGCUUGUGAUGUUCCAGCUCCAGAAGAGAAGUUUAAUGUGGACGAAUACUCUGACAUGGUGACUCUCAGCAAACCUGUCAUCUACAUCUCCAUUGAGGAGAUGAUCAACACACACUCUUUGGUGUUGGAACAUAAGGAAGCUAUUGCUCCAGAUCAGAGCGAUCUACUGCAUGAACUCCUAAAGGACCUGGGGGAAGUUCCUGACAUCGAGUCUCUACUUGGUGAAGGAACUGUGGACACAAAUGACCCCAGCAAGGAGAAUUCAUUAAGUCAGCAUGGCAAAACAGAGAUCUCCUUAACCCUCACCAACAAGUUUGAGCUAUUAGAUGGAGAUGACAAGGACACAAAGGGACUAAUGACGAAAACAAAGAAGCUGAUAGUGGAUAUUGUGAGAAUCCAGCCUGGCGAGACCCUCACCGAUAUCCUGGAAACUCCUGCCUCUGCGGCACAGGAGGCAGAACACGCUAAGCUGGUAGAGCGUCAGGUGGUGCAGGACUCUCAGACUCCAGAGGGCUUGAAGAGCAGCCAGGCCAUGCUGGAGGACCGGCAGCUGCCUCUGGAGCAGAAGAAGAGGAAGAUCCUCAGGAACCUCCGAACUCUGGAGCAGGCUGGACGGGUCAACUCCAAACACAAGUACCAGGAGGUCAUCAAUGACAUCUCCAAGGAUAUUCGAUAUCAGCGGCGCUACAGGCAGAGGAGGAAAGCAGAGUUGGUAAAGUUGCAGCAGACUUUAACUGCGCUCAACUCCAAGACGAAUUUCUAUCAGGAACAGAUCAACUACUACGACACCUACAUCAAAACCUGUCUGGACAACCUCAACAGAAAGAAUUCACGGAGGUCAAUCAAACUGGACAGAAAAGAAGAGGAGAAGGGCAGCAAGAAGUCCAAGGCCUCAUCCCUGAAAUACACAGCUGCCAAACUACACGAGAAAGGAGUGAUUCUGGAGAUUGAAGGCGUCCAGAUUAAUCAGUUUAAAAAUGUCAUGUUUGACAUUUGCCCUUGUGAGGAAGUGGGUGACUUUGAGAUAAAGGCCAAGUUUAUGGGAGUUGAGAUGGAGAAGGUGCAACUGCAUUUCCAGGACCUGUUGCAGCUUCAGUACGAGGGAGUAGCUGUCAUGAAAAUGUUUGACAAGGCCAAAGUCAACGUCAACCUCUUGAUCUUCCUUUUAAACAAAAAGUUCUAUGGAAAAUAAUCAUCUUUCAGAGUUCAUUCAGUGCAAAUGUGUUUGGAAAUAUUAACUAGCUAUCAAACUCCUGUUUUAGAUAUGUUAGUUUACACAGAUUGCACGGAAAGAAUGGAAUGUGCCUUUGUUUUUGCUUUUUUAAAAUGUUUUUAUAAAAGAAAUGACUGCCCGUGCAGGGGAAUUAGCGCAACUGUUUUGUAUUUAAUUUACUUUUAAAGGAAAUCUCACCGCUCUAAGAAUGAUAUGAUACAUGCAAAGCUGUACAUAUGAAAAAUACUUCUGACUUGACUUUUAGUGAAAUGAAAUGUAUUCAAACCACAAUCAAAGCACCGAAUGUUCACAACAUGUAUGAUGACUGGAAUUACUUCUCUCUUUUUUUUUUGGAAAAGUGUGGAUGAAUUAUAUUUUCUAAAAACAAGCAUAAUUGACAUAUGUUAUGACAAGUAAUGUUUUGCAAGCUGCAUUGUUUUAAUAUGUUAAAAGUGUAUAAUAACUGAAUGAUUUCAAUAAUGCACUACUGCCAUGUGGCUGAUAAAUAUGAUAAACUGGAAGAGCCAUCACAGGCCUGUCAUUAACUAGUGCCUUAACUUUCUAUGUUCUCAAUUGUGCAUAUUUUAAAGGAUAUUUUAAAAGUAGUUUUUUUUUUUUUAUAAAAAUGUUCUGUUAUGAUGAAGUAAUAUUAUUGAUUUUAAUAAAUAUAAUUAUCGUA